AUGGAAAGAUUUGCAAAAGAGCAUGACUUUCGGGGUACCAGCAAGGUGAUAGAUUUGAACAAACGUACGUUAAAUUGCGCGGGAAUUUGGCCAGAAAAGAUUCACGAGCCGAUUUUCAUUUUUUUCUCUGUUUACUUGGCCACACAUUGUACAAUGGGAGUCAUCUCGAUUACCGACAACAUAUCAGAUAUGAAAUAUGUUCUUGCUUGCUUUGAAGAGAAUUUAUUCAGUAUUAUGGCCCUAUUGAAGAUAUGCAUAUGCAGAAUGAAUAGGAAUGGAUUGGCCGAAAUUUUAAAGGAAGUCAAAGUCGAUCUUAUUCCAGAAAGAUACAAAACCAAUGAGGAAAAGAUUGCUUUUUUAAAUUAUAACAAUUUUAGUUUAAUGAUCGUUAAGAUCACAUUAGGAACAAGCACCACAUCCGCUAUGCUGUAUUUUCUGUCCUUUUUAGCUAUCAACAUUGAAAUGGUCAUUGCAAAUUCAUCUUACGGAUACGUAUUGCCAUACAAAACCCCUCCGCUGAUCGAACCGACAAAUCUGACAAUCUACAUAUUUCUUUGUCUAUAUGAAUUUUUAAUAGUACUAAUUUUAAUCUUCGGUUACGUCGGAACUGAUUGUCUAUUCAUCAGUUUGGUACUCCACGUCAGUGGUGUUUUCUCUGCACUUUCCUGCAAAGUAAAGCACGUCUUGAACAAUCCGGAGAAUCGUAAACGUCGAAUAAAAAAAUUAAUUUUGCGACACAUACGUCUAGUACGAUUAGCUGAUACUUUGGAAAGUAAUUUCAACAUAAUGAUUUUACAACAAUUAGUGGGAAGUACCCUUCAUCUUUCACUUCUUGGUUAUGACUCGCUCGCUUGCAUAGCAACAGGAGAACAAAAAAAGUUAAUCGCUUUUAUCAUAGUUGUAUGUCGUGUUUUAACCACGCUAUUGGCUUAUUGCUAUAUCGGAGAGUGCCUUAUUAAUGAAGUAGGUAAAUUAUCUCAUACCCACGUAAUUAUGUCAUUUUACGCCACUGAUACAAUGAUAUCGUUUCACACACUUUCAAAUAAUGGAUAUAUACACAGCACAUCCUUCGGUGAAUCAAUUUAUCACUGCAAAUGGUACAACAUAUCUCAAGAGGAGAUUAAAUUAAUGCACAUUUGUAUGUUGCGAUCGUCAAAACAAAUGCAACUGACCGUAGGCAAAUUUUUCGUUUUGUCAUUGACUACAUUCACAGAUAUCAAACUAUUCGAGAUCGUGAUCGUUUUUCUACUUCACGAAAGAUACAUCGCGAUCGGUGAUGUAUGGCCAUUGAGAAAUAGUUAA